AGUCGUGGUUGCGGCCAGGGUGAGUCGUGGGUCCGGUUUUGAGGUUAGGGUUAGUGACUCGGUGACACCGCGGCGGACGCCAGGCGGUGAGUUUUCGGUGCGCGAAAGGAAGCGAACGCGCCGGGUAUCGCUCGCUCGAUUCGGACCGCGUCGAGCGUCGGGACAGCUUCCGCGGGUUCUCGCGUCGUCGCCGAAUGACGAUUCGAACGGGAGAAAUUUCGCCGGUGAUUCCUUGACGGAUAUCUGUUUAUAUCAGCGAUCGCGAGACCGCGGGUGGCAUCCGUCGCGCGCGUCCAAAAAUAGAACGGCGGCGGGCGCCGCCGCGUCGACGAGAGGAGUUUCUCGCUCGCGAGAGAGAGAGGGGAAAGGGUAGGAUCACGUCCCCUCCUUCCUCGGGAUCCCGAAGGCGAUGCGACGUCGAUGACACGAGGUCGGAGCGCGUGACGCGGCAACGUGCCGCGAUAACCCUCCUCCUCUCCUCCCCCGUCCUCGCCGGCGGCGGUUUCGGAGCGCACUGUGAUCCUCCCAACGCUUCCCGCGACCGACGGAUCUGUCGUUGACCCGCGUUCCGCGCGCCGUCUACUCGCGCUGAACCGCCCGAUCGAAUGUCCGAUCUCGCGACCGGCGGCGCGAGUUCGUCCUCCCAGUCCGAUCCGGAAAGGGUCAGUCGGGGUUGCGACAGCGAGCGUUUUCGCGCAAGACGCGUGUUCUCAAUCGUGCGGUCGCGCGCGACGAUGCCUCGAGACCUUUCGCGCGUGCGGCACGCGUUGUUGCGCGUCGCAAGAUAGAUAAACACGCGGGAGAGCGCAUCCCGACGAUCCUCCGGGCAUUCGCGAGGAGGCGCGCCGCGGCAGACAAAGUCGGACAAAUGAGACGUCGCGUGGCAAGCGACGACACGUGGCAGGGAUCGGCAGGGAUACCGAUGAUCGUUCGUUGUUGCGAGACGGCCGCGACUCGCGGGCGCCAGUGAGAAGAUGUCGCAGACCGCGGAUGCCGAAAGCGAGACCGGCUCCAUUUGCGACGAGGAACGCGUCCGGAAGCUGUUCCAGGCAUGCGACGGCGACGGCGACGGUUACAUCGACAGCCAGGACCUAUUGACGGUGUGUCGGGAAUUGAACCUCGAGAAUUCGGUGGAGGAAUUGAUGAGGGAAUUGGGCGCGGACGAGCACGGUCGCAUUUCCUAUCAAGAGUUCCUUAGGCGGCGUCUGGCCCUACGACCGGAAAUCGAGGCGCUCAGGGCCGGCAAACGGCGAAGCAGUCCGCAUCACACCCACACGCCGGAAUACCUGCCUACCAGCAGCGACAACAGCCUCGGCACUGUGUCGGGACGGCAUGAAAGUUGGGAGUUCGAUAGCGGUGCCCGUGAUUUGUCGCCGGAACCCCAUAGUCUUCAGAAACUAGUGGAGGCAGCCGCCGGCGGAACAGGAAACAUGCUGGACCUAGCGAAUAAGCUUCACGCGGCCGCGCUCUCCUCCCUGCGGUCCGAGGUGGCCGAGCUGAACUCGCGGCUGGUGGCGGCUACUCGCGCGCGAGAGACGGCCGAGGCCGCGCUGAUGCGGGCGGAGGUCCAAGCAGCUCGCUCGGAGCAGCGGGCGGAGCAGCAGGCGGCGCGGCACGAGGAGCGGCUCACCGAGUUGCAUUCCGUCAUCGCCGAGCUCGGCAGACAGCUGGAGCGGCAUCGCGCCACCGUAAUUGCCGAGGAGGACGAGUCUGAAGUCGAGACGAGCAGGGACGCCGAGGGUUCCAUCACCAACCCGGUGGAGGAGAGCGAGGGCGGUGGGGAUAUCCACGGAGAUGGCGAUCGCACCCUGGGAGACGCCGACUCCAGCUGCUGCGAGGACGAGAAUCGACAGGCGGAGAAUGGUAGAGAACAGCUGGACAGUCCGGCCGCGUUGCCGACUCCCGAGCCAACGCAACAAGCGGCGUCUUGCCAGAGCGUCGCCGUCGCGACGCUGCAAGAGGAGAUCACGGCGUUACGGGCGGAGAUCACGAGCUUACAGGCGCAACUGGUUCAUUUCAAGAGCCAGAGUCAAAACAGCAAUCAGAGGCAGACGGCGAGCAGCGAUUCGCCGCGUCGAGAACUCCGAACAAGGGGCAACACCAGCUCGCCGGAACCUUUGACGGCGCCGUGCUCGCCGCUCUUGCCACCGCUACAGGCACCUCCGACAAAGAGUGUGACGAGGGAGGAGCCGCCCGUCCUCAAAAUGGCAGAGAGGGUGAGAUUGAGGAGGACGGACGAGAGACACAUUACCGGUCCGGACAUCACUAAUCUCGGAGUGUGCUCCACGAUGGUCGCCGAGCAUCUCGUGUCGGAUCUACUGGAGCAGUCGAACCUGCAGGAGUUGAAUGGCUCCGAGAAGCAAUUCGAGGUCGAGACGGAGCGAUUGAACAGCAGACUCGAACACGCGCGGGCGAACAACGCGGUCCUUGCGCUUACGUUGCACGAAAGCAAGGCGCAGUGCGAUAGGUUGAGCUUAUUAGUCGGCAAGUACGAAUCGAAUGCAACAGCGUUGCGACUCGCACUUUCGUACAGCGAUCGUGCGAUCGAGGCCUACGACGUUCUAGUCGCUCUGCUGGAGAGCGAAAUCGCACUCUCCACCGAGAGAAACGGCGUGACGAUCGAUAACAGAAGGGCGGCCGAAAACGUUGCGUAUCACGUUCUAAAUAGACUCGAGAACGACAGUACCAACACGCUGGGAGCUCCGUGGGAAGACAGCAUGAUCUUGUCGGACGAAUCGGAAAUAACGUGGAAUGUAGAGGACGAACAGCGACUCAGGAGACACAUCGGCAGACUGAAAGGAGAACGUACGAUGGUCCGAUCGACGGCGGUCGAACUGGAGAGCGUGCACGCGGAACCCCUGAAUUCGAAGAACACCAUCUCUCUAGCGGAGGCCAGGAAACUCGACUUGGAAACCGCCGUGCUCAUGCAGGAACUAAUGGCCAUGCGAGAAGACAAGGCUGAGUUACGUGCCAGAGUGUUUCUUUUGGAAAAGGAACGUGCCACGAUAGAAUUGAAGCUAAACGCACGCGACACGCAGAUUGCAGCUCAACACGCUACCAUACAGCACCUUCAAGGCCAAUUGAGUGACGCGGAAGCUAUGCUUGCGAUGGCGACGAAGGACCGAGGUUUAAGCGAUAACGAAAGCGAGGGAAUGGAAUCUGAAUUGAUCGAGGCACUCGGUAGAGAGGCGAGGCUGAAGGAACGCCUACAGGAAUUGAUCUCAACCUUGGAUGAAGUCAAUAAGAAUUCCGAACUUAGGCAUCAGCAAUCCGCCGAACUUGUCAACGACUUGAAAAGAGCUAACGGAGCGCUGGUACAGACUCUGGAGAAAUCGAAGAAGAAGUAUCAGUCCAGGCUGAAGAAGCUGGAGCAACAAAUGCUGGGAAUGGUAGAGCGACAUGCUGUGCAGGUGAAAACACUGAAACAGCGAAUAGCUCUACUAGAGGAGGAAUCGAUGGGCUACAAGGGAAGCAUGGCACUGCAGUCUCAGAGUUCUGGCGCCAGCGAAACAUCCUUAUGACAGUCGGGUGAUUAAAUGGCAAAAAUGACGUAUGGUGCAAGUAAUCCAAUAAUUAUUUUUAACGUCUAUCCUGUCGUCGCAAAGAAACACAAUUGCAUAAUGCAAAAAUGGAGAUCGAGUCACACACGUAUUUUUUUACACCGAAUAGUUGAAAGUAAAAAGGCGCUUGGCUAUUCGCUUUGUAAUUAUAUCACAGUAUAUUGCUGCUGUCCUAACGAGAAUAACAAAAAAAAAAAAAAAAAGAAACAAUUCAGCUAGGCCUAC